AUGAAUACGAAUCAUCUGCGACGGUUUCUCAACGAGGCUCAACGGUUCGACAUAUGGGCAUCAAACCUGGGUGUUUUCCACGAUGGGCACAGCUCACUCGACUACCGGUUUCGAGACUCAUCCCCAUUGUUUGAGUACACAUCUAACCUGUUAUACGACCUCAGUGAAGCCCUGUCUGCUUUCGCCCUGCAGGUUGCGCCAGGACCCCAUUCCCAGGAGGCAAUUGUUGAUGAUUUUGAUGAUCUAACCCUGAGUGAUGACGAGUCCGAAGACUUUUCAUCCUAUCAGGAGGGGUCAUUGCCCGACCAGUAUCUGACAAAUAUCUCUACCACGGUCAAUCGGCUUUACGCACUCUCGUUCAGGGUCCGCAAUCCCAAAAUGCGAACUGGGCUCUCAAAGGCGUUGUCCUAUAAAGAGGUGGAUAGUGAGACGGGUGUUGAUCUGAUGGAAGCAUAUAUGGAAAGAGAUUCCCGUCGCCUAGAGGAGCUCUUUCGAACCUGGAGAGUAGGCGAUGAGGCUGGUCCUCAGUUUAUGGUCGAGCGCCUGGCGAGAGCCAAUAUGAAUCGCAGAAAACAGUUCAGAUACUGGGAGAGGCGGAAAAUUAAAUACCAAUAUUAUCACAACGUCGCGACUGGUUGUCGCUGGUUGAGGGAGCUAGAAACGACUUCCAUCCAGAGGAACACUCGGCCUUCUGAGCCGUCUACUGCCACCAGUCCAAACACAUCGGUCAUACUAGAGACUGAGUCGACAGUGUCAACGGAUACUUUUGUUGUCACUUCCGGUGGCACCUUUGAUCCUCUUGAACUUCCAGCCCCUCCAGUGGUGGACGCUGACAGUCCCGAGUUUGAAUGCCCCUACUGCUUUACCAUCUGUGCAGAGGAGACAGCGAGACCCCAUGCAUGGAGGAGACAUAUUCUGCGCGACCUUCGACCGUAUAUUUGCACGUUCAAGAAUUGCAAGGAUGCCGACCAACAAUAUGAUACCUUCACUGAUUGGGCAUCCCAUGAGUCAUCCAGCCAUGGCAUUCAACCUACAGCAACACGAACCUGUCCGAUAUGUACACGCGCAGACUCAACAGCUCACCACAUUGCAAGCCAUUUACGGCACAUUGCUUGUUUUGUCUUUUCUGGUAACACGAAAGCCACUAAUACCGACCAGGAUGCAGCGGGACACUCCAACAGUGCCAAUAUUGGGUCUAUAGACUGGGACAGCGGUUCGGAAGACUCUGAUUUUGACGAUGAAUGGGCAGCACAUACAAAGACAAUACACCUGGACCUCACUGCGUGUGGGUUUGGUGUCACGCGUAUACAGCUCCGUCCCGAGGACGUGGUGGAAACGACUGUCUUCAAAUACACAGACCCGAAUGGGCACCCGAUUCCCCUGGACUACGACAGUCUCUAUAAUGAUAUAAUAGUCCACGUCGAUUUUGUAAGAGAUGCAACGAUCAGCGGGACUCCUGCAACUGUGGAUAUGCUCGGGGUAUGGAUACCCUGUGAACCUUCGAUUACUCAAUGCUCACAUUUGGAGCCACAGGAUAAUAGAGCAAGGGACGAUCCAGUGCCACCUCAGCCGGCCAUUUUUGCAAUCUUGUGGCAUGAGAGCCCUAGUUAUGGCUCGGCUGCCCGUUCUUCUGUCUUGGAGCGAGGCCCACAGUAUAUCGGGAGGUUCGGGGAACCUAUAUACAGCACCAUCCGCCGCAUGGUGGUGUUCAGGAAAAUAGAGCAAGUUUCAUGGUGCUUCGCAAUCACUACGUAUGGAGGACGGGGGUUGAAGAAGUCUGGCCUCAAUCCGUCACAGCAUGUUGUGCUCUAUGAACGCGGGACAACGCCAAUUAUUAGGACGGAUGAGCCACCUAUGACCAUGGGGCCAUUGCCAGUAGUUCUGGCAGCUGAAACUGGAAGACUUGAUUCGAUGUCGAGGCUCAACUUUGGCAAGAUUUAUACUGUCGAGCACAAUGCUUGUUCUAGUCCUGAUAUCCUCUUUUUCUGGGGUGCUGAGCAACGCAACAUCGUUGCCGGGCUCUGCAACCCACAGACUCUGAAGUUUACUCUCUCAUGA